AUGGCGUCUCGUCUCAAAGAAGCCCACAAGUACCACGAUGUCAUCAACAAACUUCAUCUACAAGGACUCAGUGAUUAUACUUCUCUGCCUCGGGUUGUUCUGUGUAGGCAAGAUAGCACUGAUUAUUGCGGCUGCGACCCCCUAAAGGACUUGACUGGUAUCAAUGUCAGUCUAGGAAGCGAGCGUUUCAACUGUUACUUCAUCUUCGAGAUCGUCCUUCGCCCUCCUCUUGACGACAAUCCAGACGGCUGCAGCUCGACCAUAACCAUCAUCCCGUCAGCUGAGCGAUCCGAAGAAGAAAAGGCAACAUUAUUGAGCUUUGCCGAGCGGAGUACAACCGACAUUUCGUCUUGGACGCUAGAUCUGGACGUUGGUAUAGAUGCAGCGAAACAGACCGUCAUGUCGUUCACUUUCGCCACGAAGCUUAUCGUCGAAGAUGUUAUUCGAAUCGAAGUUUGCAAGGCGCGAGUGCCACUCUUGUCAAUUAUCGCUCUUCCACCCUUGCUCGACGACAACCUUAAGUUCCAGCCGGCUGCCUACCCCAGCAUCGCCGAGAAAAAGAUUCUUAAGUACAUAAGAAACCCACGGGACCUUAUACUUGUGGUUGCUUGUCAAAUCUGCGAGUUGGAUACCGAAUUGAGCCUACUGGAAUUGGUCCGACAAGUCGACCCCAAUGGAGAGCGUACCUUUGGAAUCUUUCAAUCUCAUCGCCGGAACAAAAGCUGGCACACAGUAAUGGACUUGAUUAGCGAGGAUUUUGAGCGCGUUGAUGCAUAUCGGCUCAAGGACCUGAUGGAUGUCUCGAAUGUUGGGUUCUUAGCCGUCAAGGACCAUCUAACGGCCGUGUUUGAAGAUCACGCACGAUCACAACUCUACGAUGUGAAAGAUGAGAUCAAAUCUCAAAUAGUUACCAUAAAUGUCAUGCUGCAGUCUCUCAGUAGCAAUUUGUUGGUCGCGGAAACAAAGCAGGCAAUGGAGACAGAUAAAGUCUUGUCGGAAUUGGUUCAAGACGCAGUGGAUGGGAAUUACACCAACCCUUUCUUCAGCAAAAACUUUUCCGAACUCCCAGAGUGCAAGCAACCUCGACUUCGCACUAUUAUUCUAGAGCUGCUUGCAUCUCUCGGAAAAAGGAUGUCCGAAAACGGUCACGCAGUGGAGAUUGUUGAUUUUCCACACUCGGCCAAUAAUCUCCAGGCUAUCUACCGGUAUAUCUUUGUCAAGAGGGUUGACAAGAUGGUCAAGAGAUGCAAGGGUCGCGAAGCCCCUGGAACCCUCAGUUCUCGGGUCAUUUCUGAAUUGCUUGCAAUGCAGUGUAACCCUUGGAAGGGUAUCAUACAAGAAUCACUCCGGCAUAUUCUUGAUGCCUCUCGAGAGACACUGGAGGGAAUCGUUUCUGGCAUUGUGUCGUCGGAUGCCAAAGCAGAGGUGUUAUCAAACUUGACUCCCUUUUUCGAAGGUCUCAAAUCCAACAUCGAGAAGGAGAUUGGACACUUGCUGGACUCAUUGAGCUCGCGCUGGCUCAUCAACAGCUAUCCCGUUAUCGAAGCAGUGCAGCAGAUUCGACUAAAGCGCGAAAAAGCCCGUGUUCAAGAGCACCUGGAUAAAAUCGUUAGAAAGUGUAAACACUCAAAUCCUCCCGGCCUGACUCCAGAUCUAACCUCACUCCUCGUCCACAAUAUCACUCUCGAGGUUGACACCGACCUUGAUCGGGUUGCUAGUGAAUUGGCCAUCGACUACAUGCAAGCGCACUAUCAGCUUGCUCUUCCGGUCAUGAUCCACGAGUUCCAUCAAAUCAUCGAAAACAGCGUCUUACAGAAGCUUCCAGACGCGUUCGCCCCAACGCCAAAGCCUCCUUCCGAAGCCCGUCCGGCGCAGACGAUUGGACAGUCAGAGGCUCUCGAUGAUGAAGUCAAGCAGUUGGAGGAAAAGAAGGAGUUUCUUCAGAGAUGCCUGUGCGAACUCACCCAGUUCCUUGAGGGGCAGGCCACAGGCUUGUCGGAUGACUCGUCAACCACCACUGAGGGUAGGAAGCCUCCUCAACGAUACUGCAGCCUGCCGCUAACAUCUGCUGUGCUAGUUAUCUAUACACCUCAAGGAAGUGUAACUGAUGAGCCAAAAAUCGAUUGUACCGAGUGA